AUGGUCUGUGGUUCAGGUUCAUUCACUCAUUCUCGUUUGAUAACGUUAUGACGGACGUGGGUCAAACAGAGAAGGUGCAGCUGCACAGUCCUCUUUUAGACGAGCUGCGCCACGUUUUACAAACGGGUCUGGAAAAGAACUUUGAAGAAGUUCAGGUCAGUGUUGUGGACUGUCCGGACCUGACUAAAGAACCGUUCCGCUUUCCUGUUAAAGGCCUGUGUGGAAAGCCUCGGAUCACAGAUGUCGGCGGUGUACCGUACCUGGUUCCUCUGGUUCAGAAACACAAGGAAUACAGCAUGAACUCUAUGUCAAAGGAGGUGGAGCUGCCAGGAGCCUUUCUCCUCGGUGCAGCCGCUGUUGCAUCCAGAACCGUUGGAAUGAAUGCAGAGCUGAUGCCUCUGGUCCUGACUGAAGCAGAGGGACGGCCUGCAGUCAACAGCAGCUACUUUUCCUCCAUCAAUCCAGCAGAUGGUCAGUGUCUGCAAGAAAAAUACAGCGAUAAAUUCUCAGACUGCAACUUUGGGCUGCUGGCCAACCUGUAUGCAUGUGAAGGCAAGUCUGGAAAGGUCUUGGAGGUUCGAGUCAGGAAGAGGACGGGAGGUCACAGUCUUGUGACUGCAUUGAGGAAAACUCUUGAAGGUCACUACCCUGACCAUAGCCUGGCUCUGGGAGGGACCUUCAUCAUCCAGAAAGGCAAAGCUAAAAUCCACAUCAUGCCAAGAGAAUUCUCCGUCUGCCCGCUCAAUACCGACGAUGACGUCAACAAAUGGCUCAAACACUUUGAGGUCAGCGCGCCGCUCAUCUGCCAGUCUGUGUUGGUAUCCAGAGACCCUAGCUUGGACCUGCGUGUGGAGCACACACACUGCUUCAGUCAUCACGGAGAAGGUGGACACUACUACAUCGACACCACGCCUGACAGCGUGGAGUACCUGGGCUACUUCAUGCCGGCCGAGUAUGUGUACCGCAUUGACAGGCCCAAGGAAACCCACAGCGUGGGCCGAGAAUGAACCAAAACAAUAAACCGCGUUUGGCAACAUGAUGUGACCAAGUCAUUAUCACGCAUUUCACAUUUGAUUCAUACUGGGUUCUCAGUGCUGGAAAAUUCUGCAAAAAUUUUAAUGCGACUUAUUUGCUUUUGACUGUUGCACUUCAUCACGUUUUUAAUGAACAAAAACACUUAAUGUCUAAUUGGUGUUUAACAUCUCUGCAUUGUCUUGGAACUCCUCCUAAAUUGUUAUAAAAUAAUAAUAACAAAACACUUUAGAUUUAAUUCAGUAUGUGCAGUCCUCACAUCUGAAGGUGUAGCAACGCAUUUAUGCAGGAAUUAAAUAUUUUCAUCGCUGAUGAUUGCGGUGGUAUAAUGAUUAGCACUGUUGCCUCACAGCGAGAAGGUCAUGGGUUCCGAUUCCCACCUGGGGCCUUUCUGUGUGGAGUUUGUGUGUUAGGCUAGUUGGAUUGGAAACUUUAAAUUGUCCGUGCGGGUGUGAAUGUGUAUGUCUAUGUGUGGCUUUGCGACUGACUGGUGUCCUGUCCAGGGUGAACCCCGCCUCACGCUGUAUGACAGCUGGGAUAGGCUCCAGCCCCCCGCAACCCUUAAUUGGACUAAGCGGUUGACGAUGAGUGAGUGAUUGCAAUUGUACUUUUGUUGGAUGUUUUGACCUUUCAGGUCACAUGUGCUAUGGAGACACCCCACCACAAGCAAAAAGGGAGAAGCUGAUGAAGAACCGAGUAAUAUCUGGACAAGUGGCUCCCUUUGGUGACCGUGGGGUGACAUGGCAACACGAAGUCUCAGAACAGCAGUUUUUGCAAAAUACUGCAAAAAUAUAAAAGCCAAUAUGAAUUGUGUUGCUUAAAUUAAAACAAGACACACACUGACAUGAGUGUACAUGAAUCCUGACUCGAGGUCUUGAACAUCUCAUUCAUGUCUGUUUUCCGAAUUUGGGCUGAGCUCAUGCAACUUCAAGUAAAAUUUAUAGAUACCAGGGUUACAUUUCCCUGGUUCAUUUGACCAUGGGUUUAUAUAAUCUUUCAAAGGAGGCAGUACUUGGAGCUUUAACACUGGUCACUCUGUCAAAACUCCAGCAUUUCUCUGUGG